UUGCCUCCUCUUCAUCUCUCAUAUUUUCUUUACUUUUUUUCCCCCCCUCUUACUUCUCACAUUUCUCACUCCCAUUCUCCUCAUUUCCCUUGUCUCUUUCUGUCUCUCUAUCUUUCUCUCCCCCUCACACUUUCUCACCAGCGAUCACAACACAUUUUCGCAUGAAAUGGCCACGGAUUUUACCCAACUCUUUAGUUUGGCCAAUCUACUUUCAUGAAAACCAAGCCAAAUCCAAUUGUUGCUGAUUUCUUGACCUGCUUAUAGAUUUUGUUUUGAAAACUCUUUUGCUUGCAACUUGAACUCACAACCUCAUGGAUACCAAUUACAGUAGUGCAUUUUCUUAUGAAGGAAUAUACUAAAACAUAUCUUACCCUAUGGAGACAAAGAGACUGCAUCAACAUACCUGUACCAUUGUUUAUUAAUACCAGAGCAAGGAUGUCCCUCUCUCCUGGAGAAGAAUAGUUGUGGAGGCUUCAAACUGGUUUCCAAGAAAAUGAGUGAAGGGGAGAGUUUCAAAUCUGAAGGUUAUGGUGAUAUGGUGAUAGAGAAACUGAAUAUUUUACGCAACAACAGUGAAUUAUGUGAUUUCAAAGUAUCUGCUGAAGGAAAAGUCUUUGAGGUUCACAAGGCAUUACUGGCAGCUGCUAGUGACUACUUCCGAGUGAUGUUCCGAGGUAUGAUGGCUGAGAGCAAGCAGGACACAGUGGACUUGAAAGGUGUAACUGCUGAUGGACUGCAACAGGUGAUAGACUUCAUAUACACAGGUAAAAUGUCGCUGUACUAUGACAACCUCACCGAAAUCAUCAACACUGCCAGUCACCUGCAAGUGUCCUACGCCCUCGACUUGUGCAGCAACUACAUCAAAUCUCUGAUGACAUUUGACAAUGCCGAUGACUUCCUCAGUAUUGCUGACACAUAUUCUCUGGAGAAAGUCCUACUACAUUGGGAUGAUAUGAUUUUAUCAAACUUUCAUGAAUUCAGCAACAGCCAAGCAUUUCUCAAACUCAGUGCUCAAAAACUUGUCAAGUAUCUUUCGUCCAAUUUGUUAUGCACUGUCUCCGAGUAUCGUUUAUAUCAAUGCUUAGAAAAGUGGCUGGCUGUAAGUUCGUCACGUAUUACAACUGACAGCAGCAUCAUCAUGCCUCAUUUACGUUUUCCUUUAAUGUCUCUCAUCGAAUUAACAUCAAUUAAGGACAGUGAACUUUUCCAGAAGGUGCCCAAUGGAGCGCAGUAUAUUGCCAAAGGCUUCCAAUAUCACAUUGACUGUAAACAGGGACAUCCUGUCAUCGACGAGUCAUCAACAAUCCGGACUAAUACAUCGAGUUUGGUGCUUGUGCACCAUGGAACAGCAUACAUGCCGUUUCAAGUAACAGCUUACAAUCCGGAAAACAAUAAGUUUUUCCGGCUUUUUUCUGAUGUCAAUGGCAGCAGGGACUGUCGUAUUGCCGUCAUUGACAAUUUUGCCUAUAUUUGCCGUGUUGUUGAUUUCGGUGGCGGCACUCUUAUGAGUUCAUUGUUUAGAUUUGAUCCACGACACUUGGUUGGGCAGGAAUUGCACCCAAUGAAACAACUCCGACUUGAUUUUGCACUCACUGCACAUAAGCAUUGUCUCUAUGUGUUCGGUGGCUCAACUGAACAGUUUGCCAUUCUCGACUCAGUUGAGUGUUACAAUGUCAAGACCAAUAUGUGGGAAGAGCUGUUGUACCUGCCCAAUCCGGUCCACUCCUUAGCGACAGUUGUCCACGAGACACGAAUCUAUCUGUCAGGUGGGGUGACAGGCCAGGAGAGGCAGGCCACAAACAGCUUUAUGUGUUUCAACAUUCUCACGCACAGAUACGAGGUGAAGCCUGGCAUGUUCUAUGCGCGUCGACUCCACGACAUGGUAUCUUUCCAGGAAAAGAUAUAUGUUCAUGGUGGCAUUCCAAGACAAGGAAUCCCACUACAUGGCCAGAUUCCAAUCGAGUACUUUGACUUGGCAUCAGAACAAUGGACCAUUUUGACCUCGUCCACUCUGAGUGGACGUUCUGUUGGACACUAUAUAGUGUUUGAGAAUCAGGUUUUGUGCUUAGGGCACGAGCAUCACCGAGCUACAGAAGAUGAGAUUUGGGUCUACGACACCGUGCUUGACGACUGGUCUAAGUAUACAAAAGCCCCACAGCGAAUGAGUUUGACCACUGCAGUAUGCAUCCAGAUGCACAUAAACUUUAAUGAAGAGAAAGUGGCCAAGAUGGUGUUAAAAGAGAAAUGAGUUCUAACUGAUAUUACAAAAAAUACCUCCAAUAGGCUAGAUAUCAUUGCCUCUCACAGGCUUGAUAUCAUUACCUUCUGACAGGCAGGAUAUCAUCAAUCACUGAUAGAUAAAUAAAUAAGCCUGAUAUCAUUACCUCACAUAGGCAGAGACAGUUGCCUCCUCUAGGAGGCUAAUAUCAGGCUGAUAUCAUUACCUCACACAGGCUGACUUUGAUAUCUCUACCCCUAACAGGCUGAUGUUACUACCUCCAACAGGAAGCUGAUGUCACUACCAGUUUGAGGCCAAUAUCAUUACCUCAUACAGGUUGAUAUCAGUUCCUCAGACAGGCUGAUAUCAUUUACCUCAUAUAGUAGCACUUUUAUUAUUAUUAUUAUGAUUAUUAUGAUUAUUAUUAUUAUUAUUAUGAUUAUUAUUAUUAUUAUUAUUAUUAUUAUUAAUAAUAUAUAUAUACUUUUUUCUGGCAGUCUGGGCGAUUUUACUGUUCGUUUUAUUUUUAAUUAAAAAAAUACAAUACAUA